CUCAUUUAAAUUAGAUUGAUCAGUUAAAGGGGAAGAAACAAAGAGAGAAGGGAAGAGAUGGAAGAGAGAGCGACAGAACCACGUGGGAGAGAGAGAAAAUAGAAAGAUUCAAGGGGAUGGAGUGACAAACGUAAUUAAAAUCUCUCCUGCUGCAUGGGCCAGGUCUCACCCAACCAAGACUGUGACAGGACCGGGGCGAGAGCAAUAGGACGAUCGACGGUGGCCGGCCGGUGUACCCUAGCAGUUUCGACGGUGGACGCUUUUUAAGUCACGCCGCGUCCCGCAAGUGGACGUCAAUAAUUGACGUGAGGGAAGGUCCUGCAACGUGGCAGCUCGUGAGGACAGCCAUUUGGCUCAAUUCUUCUAUAAAUAGCUAGCGAACUUCCAGUUUGCGGUACGCAUUCACAAGCUCAUUUGCACCAUAUAGCUAGAAAACUAAUAUAUCCAUCUGGAAUUAUUCAAUAUCGGGAAACUCAGAUUCCGUCCACGCCACAACUUUUUCCGGCAAAUCAGAACCACCCCCUAAGAGAGAAUGGCAUCCGGCAACAACACAUUCCCACCGCAAUCCCAAAAGGAGCAGCCGGGUUUGGAGUAUAUCAUGAACCCUCGCCCUCAGUUUGCUAACCCUGACUACAAGCCCUCCAAUAAGCUUUCCGGGAAGGUGGCACUAGUAACAGGUGGCGACUCUGGCAUCGGAAGGUCUGUGUGCUACCAUUUUGUGAUGGAGGGGGCGACAGUAGCCUUCACUUAUGUGAAGGGUCCAGAGGACAGGGAUAUGGAGGAAACACUUCAGAUUCUUCAACGAGUGAAGAGACCUGAAGCCAAGGAUCCUAUUGCGAUUCCCACUGACCUGGGAUUGGACGAAAACUGCAAGCAGGUUGUGGACCAAGUGAUGAAAGCCUUUGGUCAGAUUGAUAUUCUAGUUAACAAUGCAGCUCUGCAGUUCGUGGACGAAUCAGUUGAGGACUUUGAUCCAGAAUUGAUUGAGAAGGUGUUCAGGACUAAUAUCUUUUCUCAUUUCUUCAUGAUCAGGCAUGCGGUGAGACACAUGAAGGCUGGGAGUAGCAUCAUCAACACGACGUCGGUUAAUGCGUACCACGGGCACUCCCAACUGCUAGUGUACUCAUCAACGAAAGGGGCCGUAGUGGGUCUGAUAAGAGCGCUGGCUCUGCGUCUGGCGGAGAGGGGCAUAAGGAUCAAUGGGGUUGCCCCUGGCCCUAUCUGGACUCCACUCACCCCUGCCACCUUCAAAGCCGAAGAGAUCCCCAGUUUCGGAACCGAAACUACGAUGGGCAGGGCAGGUCAACCAUAUGAGAUUGCACCCUCCUUUGUCUUUCUUGCCUCUAAUGCCGACUCCUCUUACGUCACCGGCCAAGUCCUCCACCCUAAUGGUCAUUCUCUCUCUCUCUCUCUCUCUCUCUCUCUCUCUCUCUCUCUCUCUCUCUCUCUCUCUCUCGACAUUAUAAUUAUAAUUAUUUUUUGGUUUUGUCUUUGCAGGAGGCAGCAUAGUGAAUGCUUAACCGGUUGCUUUGUGUAUGCAGAGAAAUUAUAUAGGAUCUCUCCUUCCAUGUACCCGUGUGUCUAUUAUUUUAAUUAUAUAUUUAUUAAAAAUGUUCUCUCUUUCGUAUUAAUUAAUGUAGAACCAAUUUAUCACACAUCUAAUAUUAAGGAAGGAGACACAUCAACAUGUGGAGAGAGAGUUCCCCUAUAUAAUUUCUACAUGUGUAUGUAUGUGUAUGUGUGUUUUUUUCCUUUUUGCCUUAAGAGUGGUAGCACGUAUGUGUCAUGUACAUUUACGUGUCGUCUGCUUUAUACAUAGGACUUGGGUUUGUUUGUAUGUUUCAUUCAAUCUAUGUACUCUUUGUCUGUAUGUUUCUUUGGUGCACUAGUUAAUGCAUCAAGGUACAUGCAUGUGCUAUCCAUUUAUAUGGAAUAAAUAAAGUAAAAAAUAAAAGUUAUAAAAAUAAAGAAAA